AUCACCAUUUUCACACACACACUCCCACUCACUCACACUUGUCUCUCUAUCUGUUUCUUUCCACCCACCUUCCUUCCCUCCCAUUUCCUUUACUUUCUUUUCCUUUCCCCGUGUCUCUUGUCUCUCUUAAUAUAACCCCCAACCCCAAUUAUUACACUACUACUUUCUUCUUCUUCUUCUUCUCUUACAAGAUUCAUCUUUUUUUCAAAACCAUAACCCGUGACUGUGAUUGUGUGUACUAUUUCACUUUCUACCAUCUGUCAUUUUCUUACUCUUUUUUUCUUUUUGGAUACACUUUCUUACUCAUUUUCCUCGAACCUUCCUUCUUUCCUUUCUUUUUCUUCAUAUAUAUAUAUAUCCAUUUCACUGUUUCCUUUCUCUCCAAUCGCUUCUUCUCUUUGGAAGGUAGUCAGUAAAAUUCAUAAGGCCAAUUCUUCAGUCAUGAGUACUACUCAGCAAGAGAAGUUUGUUAGGUUUCGGGCUUCUGAUUCAGAUAUUUCUGCAAGAAAUAUUGCUGCAUUUAAGACAACAGAGUCGGGGAGAUUUAGAAGUACAUUAAAUUCAUUUUCGGAAAUGUUUCAAAGAGGACUGGAAUCUGGUUCUGAGAGGAUAAAGAAGUUCAGAACAACAUUCGACUCUAUUCACUAUGACAAUGCUCUUUCCAGAAACUUUGGUUCUAAAAGGAAAAUCCUCGAUCCACAAGGUCCAUUCCUUCAACAGUGGAACAAGAUAUUCGUCUUGUUAUGUGUUAUUGCCGUAUCAUUGGAUCCUUUGUUCUUCUAUGUACCUGUGAUUGACGGCGAAAAUAAAUGUCUUUCAUUGGACAGAGGGAUGGAGAUUACAGCCACAUUUUUGAGAACUUUCUCUGAUGCUUUUUACAUCAUCCACAUGAUUUUCCAGUUUCGUACUGGAUUCAUUGCUCCUUCUUCUCGAGUAUUUGGAAGAGGUGUUUUGGUCGAAGAUUCUUGGAUCAUUGCUAAGAGAUAUCUGUCAUCAUAUUUCUUAGUUGACAUUCUUGCAAUUCUUCCCCUCCCACAGGUGGUGAUUCUAGUUAUCAUCCCGAAGAUGAGUGGUUUUGAAUCACUCAAUACAAAGAACAUGCUGAAAAUUGUUGUUUUCUUCCAAUAUGUGCCUCGGCUAUUACGAAUACUUCCAUUAUAUAAAGAAGUUACAAGAACAUCUGGUAUUCUCACUGAAACAGCUUGGGCGGGAGCUGCAUUCAAUCUGUUUCUUUACAUGCUUGCAAGUCAUGUCCUUGGUGCCUUUUGGUACUUGUUUUCUAUAGAACGAGAAACCACAUGCUGGCAAAAAGCCUGUCGAGGUAAUAUCAUGUGUAACAAAGCAGAUAUGUAUUGUAAUGAUCGAGGAGGGUUUAAGUCAAUUUUGAAAUUCUUGAAUGAUUCUUGCCCAAUACUGGAGGAAGAUAAAAAUAAAUUUGAUUUCGGGAUUUUCCUUGAUGCCCUUCAAUCCGGUGUUGUGGAGUCAAGAGAUUUUACCGAAAAACUCUUCUACUGUUUUUGGUGGGGCCUAAAAAAUUUAAGUUCUCUUGGCCAGAACCUGGCAACGAGUACCGAUUUUUGGGAAAUCAAUUUCGCAGUUUUCAUUUCCAUAGCUGGUUUGGUUUUAUUUUCGUUCCUCAUUGGAAAUAUGCAGACAUAUUUACAGUCAACAACGACAAGAUUGGAGGAAAUGAGAGUAAAAAGGAGGGAUGCCGAACAGUGGAUGUCUCAUCGGUUGCUUCCUGACAGCCUGAGAGAGCGAAUCAGGCGGUAUGAUCAGUACAAAUGGCAAGAAACCAGAGGUGUAGAUGAAGACAGUUUAAUUCAUGAUCUUCCCAAAGAUUUAAGAAGGGACAUUAAGCGUCAUCUUUGCUUAGAUUUGCUGAUGAGGGUGCCAAUGUUUGAGAAAAUGGAUGGACAACUUUUGGACGCAAUGUGUGACCGUCUCAAACCAAUACUUUACACCGAACAAAGCUACGUUGUUCGGGAAGGAGACCCUGUCGAUGAGAUGCUCUUCAUAAUGCGAGGCAAGCUAUUGACCAUAACAACUAACGGCGGAAGAACCGGCUUCUUCAACUCCGAGUUCUUAAAAGCUGGCGACUUCUGUGGAGAGGAGCUUCUGACAUGGGCCUUAGAUCCUCAUUCCUCAUCCAACCUUCCUAUCUCCACUAGGACGGUCCAAACCAUCGUAGAAGUCGAAGCCUUUGCCCUAAAAGCCGACGAUCUGAAGUUUGUGGCAUCUCAGUUCCGACGCCUUCACAGCAAACAGCUACGCCACACUUUCAGAUUCUACUCGCAACAAUGGCGCACAUGGGCUGCGUGCUUUAUACAAGCUGCAUGGCGGCGCUAUAGCAAGAAGAAGCUUGAAGAGUCUCUUGUUGAAGAAGAGAACAGGCUGAAAGAUGCAUUGGCAAAGGCUAGUGGUAGCUCAGCAAGUCUAGGUGCUACCAUAUAUGCUUCAAGGUUUGCUGCAAAUGCACUCAGAUUAUUGCGACGUAGUGGCACCGCAAGGAAGACAAGGAUGUCGGAGAGAAUACCUGCUAUGUUACUUCAGAAGCCUGAAGAACCUGACUUUACCGAAGAACAAUAGUAUAUAGUUAAUGUGGUUGGAUAUGUCUGGUUUAUUGAUUUGGAAAGGUGAACAUGCAAUGAAAUUUCUGUAGAAUAUGGUGUCCAUAUUAAGUAUUUAGUUGUUUAUGUAAAUAUAUAUAAAUUAUUGUUAUUAAA